CCUCGACUCUCAAAACAUCUCACAGAACAAAAACUCACCAUUUGCUUGCUUCUGAAUUGCUCCCCAUCAGUGACUUAACCAUGUCACACCCCCACAGCCGGCAGAUAUGCACCGACUGCACCGUAAUCUUCCAAAAGGCAGGUUCUGUCUUGACAUCGGGAAUCAUCGAAACAGUCUCGUCCCUGCCAUUGGAUCAGUCAUACCGAGACCGAAUAAUCCGACACGUUCAUCAAAACCAAUGUGACAUGUGCUCUCUCAUCAGCAACACCAUCCCGGCAAUCAAUGACCCCCUAGACUCCAAAAGAACAGCAGAGCUCAGGUUUACUCUGCUGCACAACCUGACGAGUGUGAAUCUCAGGCUUUGGGAGUUUUGUGCCGAGGACCAAAAGGCUAGAUCUCAUGCAGGGGGUUUGAGCAUCGAAGAUGUUCGGAAUGGAAGAAGUACCCGCAUACUCAGUGCCCCUACUACAUGGUCAGCUGAAACGCUGGGCCAGAUCAAGGACUGGUUGGAAACAUGCCUUUCAUCGCAUGCCCAGUGCGCAAACCGGUCCUCAGGCCGUCUCCCACGGCGUCUGAUAGACGUUUGGUCUACCACCGAGCCGCUGCCGAAACACUUUGAUCAACUGAGUCUUGAAAACUCUCAGAACAUCCGCGUAGUAGUGUCCGAAUCUCUGCCCCAAGACACAAAGUACCUCACCCUCAGCCACAGAUGGGGCAAUCCACCCAAGCUGCUCCUCACCACCCAGACUCAGUUCCUGCUAAAAGAAGACAUAGUCCCCCAUCUUCUAGCGUGCGACGAAGCAGCGGUAUUCCGCCAUGCCAUCCAAGUCACGCGUGGGCUUGGAUUCCGAUACAUAUGGAUUGACGCUCUCUGCAUCGAGCAAGACAACGGACCAGAGAAAGCAGUUGAUAUCAUGCACAUGGACGAGGUCUACACCAAUUCAUCUUUGAAUCUCUCGGCUUCCGUAGCCAGUGUGCUUGACGGGCUAGUCUUUGAUCGAGACUUGUCGUCGAUCAAUCCUUGUCGGGCGACGGUCGUCGUCGAAGCUGGUCAAGAAAGCGUUGCCCUGCAGGCAACUCCCGAAGGGUUUCAUUCCUUGCGGGCUGUUGGACCCCUUUACGAACGAGGCUGGGUGUAUCAAGAGAGGUUGCUCGCACCGCGCAUUGCACAUUUCUUGUCGGACCAAGUGUACUGGGAGUGUCAUGCUUUGGACGCAUCUGAGGUUCUCCCCGAGGGAUAUCAAGAUGGAUUGGAGCGCCAGACACGGGGUAUGGCGGCGAUUACGAAGGGGCUAUCUGCUGACGAACUGGAACUGCGAUGGUUCCGUCUUGUGGAAGACUACACUGCCACGGCUCUGACAUAUCCGGAUGAUCGCCUGCUAGCUGUGUCAGCUUUGGCUAAGCAGUUUUCUUCUGUUGCGAAACGGAACCCGAAUGACUAUCUGGCGGGGAUGUGGAAGGACAGCCUACUGCCUUCGCUGGUGUGGUUGUUAGCUGAAUACGAAGAAGGAAGCGAGCCACAACGGUCAAGUGAUGCUCCGAGGGAAACAGAAGUGGCACCAUCCUGGUCCUGGGCGUCCAUCAUGGAUACAGUAUCAUGGCCUCAGAGCUCUGAAUACACCCGGACAGUGCCUAGUGUCGAAUUGGUGGACGUCGAGGUUGACCGAACAUCUCAAAAUUUGUUUGACGGCACUAAUCUAUGUCGACUUCGUCUUCGCGGCCAUAUGCGUAAGAUAUACCGAUACAUCGAGAACGGACAGCCUUGGAUUAGCAUUUCAGGAACAGUCCGGUUCCCGGAAGUAUUGGAGAUUAAUGAGGAAUUCUUUGACCACCCGUUGGCCUUGAGCUGGGACACGUGUCGAGAGUCGGUUGCGCUUGCACUGAAAGACGACAGUGACUGGCUGCCUGGUCGGACAUAUUUUCUGCUUCACAUAGGCGCGGAGCAGACGGCGUACUGUGGGGAUUGGGAGCCCGCGGCAGAGGAGGGCAUAAUUCUUGAAAAGACUCCAGAGCAUGGAACGUAUAGGCGGGUAGGGCAUUUUCUUGUGCCCUAUCUGUCGAUCCAGGAUUAUGAGAGCUUCGAGCUGGCGGGCGCGUUUCAUCGAGGCUUUGAAGGACUGCUGGAUGAGAAUUCGGGUGAUUAUCACGAGCUAGACCCUGAUGGGAGCACCUUCACAUCAUACAUCUCAACGGGUAUUCCACCCCUCACCAUAUGA